CAGCAGUUCUACCACUUCCUGUCUGAGGUGAGCUGCGAUCAUGGAGGCCGAGCCUCCUCCCUUGGAAGAGCGGCGUCGGCUGCAGGAGGAGCUCAGCGAGUUCGUGGAGAGCUGCUGCAGGACACUGGAGGAGGUGACGGCGUCCCUGGGAUGGAGCCUGGAUCACCUGGACCCCGGGGACGAGGUGACGGCCGAGGAUGAAAUCACCAUAUGCCCUUAUGAUUCCAAUCAUCGCAUGCCUAAAUCAUCACUACCAAAGCACAUGGAAUCUUGCAGACUGAGGAAACUGGGAUAUACCAAAGAGGAAGAGGAUGAAAUGUACAAUCCUACUUUUUUCUAUGAAAAUUUGAAGAUUCCUUCAGUUACUUUGAAUAAGGACUCACAGUUCCAGAUAAUUAAACAAGCUAGGACUACAGCUGGGAAAGAUGGUGACUGUUAUAGCCAAAGACUGUAUUCUUCAGCGCCUGUUGAAGUUCCUCUGAAUCACAAACGAUCUGUUUGUGACCUCACACAAGCCGAUCGCCUUGCCCUUUAUGAUUUCGUCAUUGAGGAAACAAAGAAAAAGCGCUCUGCUCCUCAAGUCAUCGAAAAUGACAGUGACCUGUUUGUAGAUUUGGCUGCUAAAGUCAAUCAAGAUAAUAGCCGAAAAAGUCCAAAAUCUUACCUGGAAAUCCUGGCAGAAGUGAGAGAUUACAAAAGGAGACGCCAGUCCUACAGAGCUAAGAAUGUCCAUAUAACCAAAAAGUCAUACACCGAGGUAAUUCGGGAUGUGAUAAAGGUGCACAUGGAAGAGCUCAGUAACCAUUGGCAAGAAGAGCAGGAAAGGGCAGAAGAUGGUGCUGAGAAGAAUGAGGAAAGGCGAUCGGCUUCGGUAGAUUCACGGCAGUCUGGUGGGAGUUAUUUGGAUGUUGAAAGUUCACGGCAUAGAAGGGCUCGGAGUAGGAGCCCACACAAACGAAAAAGAAAUAAAGAUAAAAGUUCUGACUCAAGAAGAAGGAAAGAAAGGCGAGUGUGUGCCCCCGAGGUAUCCAGCAUUGUUGACUCUGUUGUAGAAUGCAGAAGAGUAAGUUAUUGGAGUAAGUUAAGGUAGGGAAGGAAUUCAUGGGAUUCUUCACAUUCACCAUGUUCAGCUCACAGACUACCAUUUAGUGAUGGAGUUCCUAGUUCUGUGUGCAUGAAAGGCUGCGCCCCACCCAUCCUUUGAGACAUUGGGAAUGGAACCUAGAGGCAAGCGAGCUGUAACUUUAGCUCUUUUCUCCUCUCUUCUUGUCAUUAAUUUAUUUAUUCACUUUACAUCUGAUCACAGCACCCCCUUCUGGUUCCCCCUCACGAAGCUCCUCUCCCACCCUGGCACCUCAAGUUACUGAAGGACUAGGCACAUCCUCUCCCACUGAGGCCAGACAAGGCAGCCCAGUUAGGGGGCCAGGAUCCAUAGGCAGGCAACAGAGUCAGGGACAGUCCCUGCUCCAGUUGUUUGGAUCCACAUGAAGACUAAGCUGCACGUAUUUUGGGUGGGGUGGGGGACCUAGGCCUGGCCCAUGCUUGCUCUUUGGUUAAUGGUUCAGGCUUUGGGAGCCUCCAAGAGCCUAGGUUAGUUGCCUCUGUCAGUCUUCUUGUGACAUCUCUGUCCCGUCCAGCUCCCUCAGUCCUUCCCCACUUCUUCACAAAAUUCCCCAAGCUCUGUCUAAUGUUAGGCUGUGGGUCUCUGCACCUGUUUCUGUCAGUUGCUGCAUAGAGCCUCUCAAAGGAGAGUUAUGUUAGGUUCCUGUCUGAAAGCAUAAUGGAAUAGCUACAAUUAAUAAGGAAAAUGGUUUGGUGCUUGCCCAUGGAAGGGUCUCAAGUCGGGUCAACCAUUGGUUGGCCAUUCCCUCAGUCUCUGCUGUCUCUGUCCCUGCACAUCUUGUUGGCAGGACACAUUUUGGGUUUAAGGUUUUGUGGGUGGGUUGGUAUCCUUAUCCCUCCACUGGAGUCCUGCCCAGCUACAGGAAAUGGCCACCUCAGGCUCCAUAUCCCCCACUGCUAUGAGUCUCAACUAGAGUCACCCCCAUAGACUCCCUGGGGCCUCUCUUCCCUGUCCCAGGUCUUUGGCGUGUCCUAGAGAGUCGCUCCCCCAAGUCCCAUGAUGGUUUUUGUUCUCUCUCCCAUUCUCCAUACACUGAUCUUUCUCCAUAUUGUCUUAAUGUUUGAGACAGUACUUUAUCAUUCUGGCCUUGAACUCACUGUAGAGCCCAGGAAGGACUUGGACUUGAUCCUCUUGCUUCUGCCUGCCAAGUAGCCUGGAUUCUAGACCUACACCACCAGGUGACCAGCUUGGUGCCUCCCACCUUUCUUAAAAAUCUCAACAAAGCUGACAUGAAGGUAAUGUCUGGGUGAGACAGUAGUUUGGUGUUUGUUUAGACCUUGUCUUCUGUUGGAAUCGCCUUCUCAUGUUUCUCUUUACGCUAACUCUUCUGUUGAAGUGUGGUUGGAGUCAGAGACAUCCCAGUUUUACCUUUGUUAGUACAGUUUGAUAACUAGGAGAAUGAAUUAAUGGUAAAUGAUAAGUGUAGACCAGUCGAGGUCUAAUCGUGUACGCCAGCUACCUAUUGGACACCCCAGGGCCUCACAUGCUCCAGGGUUCUGACUAAACUGUGUCUCGCUCUGACCUUCUUCCCCAGUAUUUCUGUCCUGGUUAGUGGGAUGACCCUCUCAAAUUUACCUAAGCCAGAGAUCAGGUAGUCAUUUACUUACCGCUUACCAUCUGGUCAGGUCCAAAUUCCUGUGCAUUCUGCUAUCUGCCUCCCUGCUGUUCUGGCUGGUGUCUGUUGAGAGAGUGAUGUUUGCUGUACGUCUCUAAACUUCAAUACUGAGAAAGUAAUGUCUGCUCCUCUGCACAGAUGAAUUCUCAAAGUCAGCAACAGCACAAUUCUCAUUCCUUUGAAAGGCUUUCAGCACCCAGGGUCAGUUUCUAUUCGUUUCUUGUACUUUUCUUACCUGUGGAGAGAAGAGUCUGCACUAGUUAACCUGACUCGACUUCUCGUCCGUAUCUGUGCUAAUUUGCAUUGUAUCCUGAUGCCUAAUUCUUAUUUUUAUUUGUUUACUUUUUAAUGAUUGCUUGGUAAACUUUAUUAAGGCAAGAAGUAUUGCCUUACCUAGCACACUGCUGUUUGCUGCACUCAGGAAUUCCUUCCCCACUAGACAGAGUCUUAGCUUCUGGAAGGCAGGGCCCUGCUUAGAUUUUGUUUGUUUGUUUGUUUGUUUGCUUGUUUGUUUGUUUUUGAGGCAUGGUCUCACUCUAGUUUUAACUGUCCUGGAAGUCACUAUGUAGACCAGGCUGGCCUCAGGCUCACAAGAGAUCUGCCUGCCUCUGCCUCUGCCUCUGCCUCUGCCUCUGCCUCUGCCUCCCAAGUGCUGGGAUUAAAGAUGUGCACCACCACUUGUGGCUUUUCCUUAGUUUUAUGUGGACAGUAUUGUCCAGUACUAGCUUCUCUCAUGACACAUCUCUCCAGAGCCACUGGGUAGAAGAAUUAGUAAAACAUUUUUUUAAAAAAUUAUUUAUGUGGGCUGGAGAGAUGGCUCAGUGGUUAAGAGCACUGACUGCUCUUCCAGAGGUCCUGAGUUCAAUUCCCAGCAACCACAUGGUGGCUCACAACCAUCUGUAAUGGGAUCCGAUGCCCUCUUCUGGUGUGUCUGAAGACAGCUACAGUGUACUCAUAUAUAAUAAAUAAAUAAAUCUUUAAAAAUUAUUUAUGUAUAUGUGUGUGUGCCUGCAUGAGUUUAUGUGCACCCAGUGUGUGCAGGUGCCCGUGGAGGCCAGAAGAAGGCAUUGGCUACCCUAGAACUGAGGCCCUUGAGAACUGUGUGCGUGGCAGAACUGAACCCUAGGCUCAGCAAGAGCCGUAAACCGUCCCAUCUCUCACCCUGGUAAAGCUUAGCCUUGGCCUUACAGUUACAGUUCUGUUCGUCUUUCUGUCACUCAGUCUGUAGGACUAAAGCUAGCCGUGCGUCAGUUCUCUCGGAAGGUGAAACGCCUGCUUAGUUACCUUCUGACGCCCACCACUGCACUCUUCCCCACCCGGCAGAAACUGUACUUGGGCUCUUUUCAGAGUUGAGAUCUCUAGCUGGCCCCUGUACCACUCAUCUCUGCACUCAGUCCUUUAGAUAAGGUGAGUUACACACAGUGGGUACAGCAGCCAGAAGAAGACAGUCAGAUAUUCCAUUAGGCAUGGGUCCUCUAGUCAUCUAGCAUGAACAUAUAUUCAGAGUUAAAGCAGACCUCCAGAGUACAAAUCUAUUGUGCUUACCUCUCCCCCUUUCUUUACUUUACAGAUAUCAUAUGCUACUCCUCUUUCCUCCCUCCAGACUCUUUAUACCCCUCCUUGCUCUUUCAAAUUCAUGGCCACUUUUUUCAUUAAUUGUUAGGUGCAUAUAUGUGAAUGCAUAUAUGUAUUCUUAAAUAUAGUCUGCUCAGUCUGUAUGGUAACUAUUUAUAUUUUUCAGGACUGGCUACUUGGUCACUCUUUGGUCAGAAUACUGUUUCUCCUGCUCUCAAAAUUCCUUAGUUGCCUGUAGUUGUUUUCUAGGGUUGAGGCCUAGGCUUUCCCAACCCACUUUGGCACGCCUGUUGUUGGCCUUGUUCAGGCCUGUUUAGACAGUUGCAUUACUGAGAGCUUACGGGUAUAGCUUCUGAAAUUACUAGGAGACACGGUCUCUCCCUGAUCCUCUGCUCUUAAAAUCUCUAUACCCCUCUUCUGCAGUAUUCCCCGAGCCUUAGGUGUGGGAAUGUUUUGUAAAAGUGUGCAUGGGUCCUGGACUCCACAACUCUUCGUUUGAUUAGUUGUUGUGUUCUGUAAUGGUCUCCAUCUGUUGUAGAGAGAAGUUUGCUUCAUAAGGGAUAAGGUUACAUUUAACUGCAGAUAUAAGGACAAAUAUUUGAGUGUAUGGGAUUAUGCUGUUAGAACAGUGGUGGUUGGAGGUUCUUGUCUGAGAUCCAUGAGUUCACUAGCCUUGGGUAGCUGGCUAGGUUUCUAUUCCCCGGCAUGAUUUCCCUCUCGUUGAGCAAGUCUGAAGUCCAAUUCGAGAGCUUCAUAGUAGCUGGGUAGGAUCAUCUCUUGCUCCCCCCUUGCUUGUCUGUGGUCUUCUGGUCCCAUGAGAGCUAGUCCUCAGGGAAAGACCAUCUAAUUUUGCCAGUUCCAGCUCAGGGGCCUCUGAGCCCUGUGACUGAUAUGCAUGGUGUCUUCAGCAAAAGGGACUUAACUGCCACCUCUGGGGGUGACCGAGGGCCAUAGCAAUGUGCUGUAAUGUUCUGGGAGCUUCUUGGACAGCCUCCCCAGCAGCUCAAGAAGGCUUUUCAUGCCUGGUGUGGGGGUUUUGUUAGGUGGUCUUUGGCUCUUGGAGGGAGUAUUGUCAGCCAUGUGAAGAAAUUUAUAUAAUCUGUAUAUUUGUAAACAUAUUUAUAAGUUACGAGUUUUGGGGUUUUGUUGUUUUUUAAGGUAGAUGAUAGUUUGAUUCCUUAUGGCUUUCAGUAUUUUUUUUUUUUAAUUUCAGUGUGACUCUUUAUGGCUUUUUCAGAAAUCUUUAUUAUUAUUUUGCUUUCCUACUUCCUUAUUCUGUGUUUAUCUUCCUUCCCCUCUCUAAUGAGAGCAACCCCCAUCUUGCUUACCUGUAUUUUAACCUUGAUUUUAGUUUAAUAAUUGACUUUCCCUUUUUGUUCUUAAACUGUUGUUCAGCUGGGAGUGAUGACAUUACAUGUCCUUGAUCCCAGCACUCAGGAGGCAGGAGCAAGUGGGUUUCUGAGUUCAAGGCCAGCCUGGUCUAAAUAGUAAGUUUUAGGCUAACUGAGGCUAAAUAGUGAGACUCUGUCUCCAGGAAAAAAAAAGUAUUGCCAGCUUACUAUGGUUUAUGUCUGAUGGAGAUGUAUUGCUGUUAUUAAAAUGUUUCAUUAUAAUUUUGUCUCUAUUUCAGGGAUGGAGAAAGACAUCAUAGUCAUAAAAGAAGAAAGCAAAAAAUAUAAUCAGAUUGUAAAUGCAUUAAUUAUGCUUAUGAAAUAAAUAUGCUGAUAUUUAAUUAUUAUCUUUGCAUAGGAGAAAAUGGCUGUUAGGGUAGUGUAAUGCUUAUUACUUUAAUAAAUUCUUGAACCCACGGGUCAAAAUUGUACCUUA